AUGACUCACCAGGUGUCAGCAUCCAGGAAUGCCUUCCUAAGGGGAAGAGGGUUUAGCUCUGUCUCUGCUCUUGGUGGAUUUAGUGGACAAAGGACCUAUGUCGCCUCCGCGUACCAUCCCAUGGGCAGCAGAGGUGGGGUCCAUGGUUUCAGCAGUCAAAGCCUUUCUAACAUAGGUGGAAGAGGAAGAAUUGCAACUGGCGGUUACGAACCUGGAUAUUAUGGUGGCUACAACUAUGGUUGUGCAACUCAUGGUAGCCCUGCCUUUGUUGGCCCAAUGGGUCAUUAUGGUCCUAGGGUUUAUGAUCCAACUGGAAGCUGUGGAAUUUUUGGUGGAUACUCAAACGGCAGGGGCGAUGGCAUCCAUGGAGUUAGAAUCAAUGAGAAGCUUUUGAAGCCAUUGCCCGUGGGAGUUGACCCUCAAGAACAUAUUCUACGAGAUCAUGAAAGAGAAGAGAUGAAAAACCUCAACAACGAGUUUGCCUCCUUCAUUGAUAAGGUCCGAAACCUAGAGCUACAAAACAAAGUACUUGAGACCAAAUGGAACCUUUUGCAAGAACAGGUCAUUCCAGCCAAGAAAAGCCUUGAACCGUGUUACAACAACUUCAUCAACAACAUGAGAAAGGAACUGGAGUGUUUAUUAAAUACCCAAGAUCAUCUAAAAAACGAAAAUGCUGCUAUUGAACAAGUGGUGGAGGACAUCAAGUGCAAAUAUGAACAGGAAGUCAAAAGACGCACAGAUGCAGAAAAUGAAUUUGUGCUGCUCAAGAAGGAUGUAGACUCCAUUUCUCUGAGCAAGUCAGAACUGGAGGGGAAAGUACGUUUGCUCAGCGGAGAAUUGGAAUUUCGCAGCGGUAUCUACGCGGAGGAAUUAGCACAGCUCGGUAACAAUGUUCAUGACACCAACAUCCUGUUGCAAAUGGACAACAGCCGAGACUUGGACAUUGACUGCAUCAUCAAAAAUGUGGAAGCAUGGUAUCAAAAUGUUGCCCAAGGGAGCAAAGAAGAAGUUAAUGCUUUUUAUGAAAACCGAUUCCAGGAGCUUCAGCAACAAAGAGGAAAAUAUUCCCAAACUCUGAAGAUCAACCAGCAAGAGAUUGCAGAUCUGACUCGUCUGGUUCAUAAAUUGCAGUCUGAAUUUGAUAUUAUAAAAAAACAGGUUAAUGCUUUCCAAACAUCCAUUUGUGAGGUUGAGCAGCAUGGAGAUUGUACUCUGAAAGAUGCCCGGGAUAAGCAUAUCGAUCUGCAAACUGCUGUACAGAAGGCCAAGGAUGACUUAGCAAGGCUGCUAAGGGAUUACCAAGAGCUUCUCAACACCAAGCUCGCUCUCGACAUUGAAAUUGCUACCUAUAAGACAUUGCUGGAGGGAGAGGAGAGCAGGUGA